AAAUCACGAGAAUUUGUAAGGCUACUCAUCAAUCCAAUAACCAUGUAAGACCAGGGUUCGAAAUUUAAGGAUUAAAAGAUUAGGGUAGUCAGGUUUUAAAAUGGAAUUUUCUCCUCUGCACAAAGCACACGAGGCGCCACCUACCCAGCCGGGCCAUCCUCAUCCCCGCGCGCGUUCCAUCCACUCGUUCCACAAAAAAUGGGAAGAAAUCGCCAAUGGAAGAUCUCCUUUGUUGUCCAGCACGCAUCUUACUGAUUAGUAGGAGCUGCUGCCGCUUCCAGAUCAGAGAUUAGCUAGCUUAGCUGUUGAGCCAUCGUCUUUCCAUCCAUGGCGCCCGAGUGUUGUAAGGCGCCGCUGCUGGAGGGGCGGGGGACGAAGGGGUGCGCGACGCCCGCGCAGACGCUGGGCAACAUCGUCGUGUCCAUCGUCGGCACCGGCGUGCUCGGCCUCCCCUACGCCUUCCGCACCGCCGGCUGGCUCGCCGGCUCCCUCGGCGUCGCCGGCGCCGGCGCCGCCACCUUCUACUGCAUGCUCCUACUUCUGGAUUGCAGAGACAAGCUGCGGGAGGAAGAGCUAGAGGAGGGGCAGCGGCAAGGGCAGCAAGACGAAGAGCGCCGCCAUGGCAGCUAUACCUACGGGGAUCUGGGGGAGCGAUGCUUCGGCCCGAUCGGCAGGUACUUCACGGAGGCCAUAAUCAUCCUCUGCCAGACGGGCGGCACCGUGGCGUACCUCGUCUUCAUAGGCCAGAACAUCAGCUCCGUCUUCCCCGGCUCCGUCCGCGUCUCGCCGGCCACCGUCGUCCUGGCGUUCCUGCUGCCGGCGGAGGUGGCGCUCUCCUUCGUGCGCUCCCUCUCCGCGCUCGCGCCCUUCAGCAUCCUCGCCGACGCCUGCACCGCGCUGGCCGUGGCCGCCGUCGUCAAGGAAGACCUCGCGCUGCUGGCCGGGCAGAGCGCGUUCGACGGCGGCCGGAGCGCGUUCGCGGGGCUCUGGGGCGUGCCGUUCGCGUGCGGCGUCGCCGUGUUCUGCUUCGAGGGGUUCUGCCUCACGCUGGCGCUGGAGGCGUCCAUGGCCGACCGGGCCAGGUUCCGGCCCGUGCUGCUCCAGGCCAUCGCCGGCGUCUCCGCCGUCUACGUCGGCUUCGGCGUCUGCGGCUACCUCGCCUACGGCGACGCCACCAAAGACAUCGUCACCCUCAAUCUCCCCAGCACCUGGUCCACCGCCGCCAUCAAGGUGGUGCUGUGCGUGGCGCUGGCGCUGACGUUCGCGGUGAUGAUGCACCCGAUCCACGAGAUCGUGGAGGCGCGGCUGUUCGGGGCGGGCGGGUGGUGGGCGCGCCGCCGUGGUGAUACCGCCGGCGCCGGAGCGAGGGGAGACGCAGUGGAGAGGGCGGCGCUGCAGCUGAGCAGGGUGGCGGUGGUGACGGCGCUGGCGGGGGUGGCGUGCUUCGUGCCGGCGUUCGGGGAGUUCGCGGCGUUCGUGGGGAGCACGGUGUGCGCGCUGCUCUCCUUCGUGCUGCCGGCGCUCUUCCACCUCCGCGUCGUGGGCCCGGCGGCCGGCGCAUGGGCGCGCGCCGUCGACUGCGGCUUCUUGAUCUUCGGGGUCCUCUUCGCCGCCCAUGGGCUCUACACGGCCUUUUCACGCCCAUGACAAAACUUGCAUUGCGAUGUACCUAGAGAUUUUUAGGUGAACACAUUCGUGGCUAUCAAUUACUCCCAAGAAUAAGAAAUGCCAAAAAAAAUCCCCAAGAAUAAGAAAUGCCAAACAAAAAAUCGUCAUUCGGUACAAAGGAAAUGUUAUGUGCCAAAUGAAACGGGGCACAACCAACUGCGGCUAGCUCGACAGAAACUUAUGAAACUAUUUUGCAUUUUGCUACUUGAAAUUACAAAGUUUAUCAAAAUCGUGGCAACACAUAUAUCUGUCCAA